AUGACGAAGCAUACAGCGCUGUGUAUAUUCUUCUUGGCGCUGAGCUUCGGAAUAAGCUUGGCAUCCCGGAGUAUUUUACAUUUCGGGCUUUUAUUUCCGGGUGGGGGUGGAGGUGGAGCGGGAGCCGGAGCAGGAGGCUCAGCUGGAGUCGGUGCUGGUGUUGGAGUCGGAGUUGGAGCUGGAGUUGGAGCCGGAGUUGGAGGAACAGGGGGAGCAGGAGCAGGAGGCGGUGCAGGUGCCGAUGGUAGAGCUUACGGUUCCGGUAGUGGUCAUGCACAUUUAGGCGCUACAUUAAGUGGACAAGCACAUGCAGGACUACAUGGUGCUGCCGGUGCUCAUGGAUACGGAGGAGGACAUGGUGGAGGAGUAGGUCAUGGAGGAUGGGGCGGAGGACCAUUCGGCGGUGCAGGAUGGAGAGGAGGACCAUUCGGCAGUGGUGGAGGAAGCGGUGGAGGAUCCGGCGGCGCUGGAGGAAGCGGUGGAGGAUCCGGCGGCGCUGGAGGAAGCGGAGGAGGAUCCAGCGGCACUGGAGGAAACGGAGGAGGAUCCGGUGGCGUUGGAGGAAGCGGUGGAGGAUCCGGCGGCGCCAGUGGAAGCGGUGGAGGAUCCGGCGGCGCCGGUGGAAGCGGUGGAUCAUCCGGCGGCGCCGGUGGAAGCGGAGGAUCAUCCGGCGGGGCCGGUGGAAGCGGAGGAUCAUCCGGCGGGGCCGGUGGAAGCGGAGGAUCAUCUGGCGGCGCCGGUGGAAGCGGAGGAUCAUCCGCUGGAGGAAGCGGCGGAUCAUCCGGCGGGGCUGGAGGAAGCGGCGGAGGAUCCGGCGGCACUGGAGGAAGCGGCGGAUUAUCCGGCGGCGCUGGAGGAAGCGGAGGAUCAUCCGGCGGCGCUGGAGGAAGCGGAGGAUCAUCCGGCGGCGCUGGAGGAAGCGGCGGAUCAUCCGGCAGCGCUGGAGGAAGCGGUGGAUCAUCCGGCGGGGCUGGAGGAAGCGGAGGAGGAUCCGGCGGCGCUGGAGGAAGCGGAGGAUCAUCCGGCGGGGCUGGAGGAAGCGGCGGAUCAUCCGGCGGCGCUGGAGGAAGCGGCGGAUCAUCCGGCGGCGCUGGAGGAAGCGGUGCAGCAUCCGGCGGCGUUGGAGGAAGUGGAAAAUCAUCCGGCGGCGCUGGAGGAAGCGGAACAUCAUCUAGCAGUGGGAAAGGAAGCGAAAAUCAUCCGGCGGCGCAGAAGGAAGCAGAAAAUCAUCUAGCAGUGCAGAAGAAAGCAGAAAAUCAUCUAGCAGUGCAGAAGAAAGCAGAAAAUCAUCUAGCAGUGCAGAAGAAAGCAGAAAAAUCAUCUAGCAGUGCAAAAGAAAGCAAAAAAUCAUCUAGCAGUGCAGAAGGAAGCGGAAAAUCAUCUAGCAGUGCAGAAGGAAGCGGAAAUCAUCAGAAGGAAGCGGAAAAUCAUCAGCAGUGCAGAAGGAAGCGGAAAUCAUCCGCGGCGCAGAAGGAAGGAAAAUCAUCUAGCAGUUGGAAGAAGCGGAAGCGGAAAAUCAUCCGGCGACGCAGAAGGAAGCGGAAAUCAUCCGGCGACGCAGAAGGUAGCGGAAAAUCAUCCGGCGGCUCAGAAGGAAGCGGAAAAUCAUCUAGCAGUGCAGAAGGAAGCGGAAAAUCAUCCGGCGGCGCAGAAGGAAGCGGAAAAUCAUCUAGCAGUGCAGAAGGAAGCGGAAAAUCAUCUAGCAGUGCAGAAGGAAGCAGAAAAUCAUCUAGCAGUGGGGAAGGAAGCGGAAGCGGAAAAUCAUCCGGCGACGCAGAAGGAAGCGGAAAAUCAUCCGGCGACGCAGAAGGAAGCGGAAAAUCAUCCGCGCGAGUGGCGAAUCAUCCGGCGGCACAGAAGGUAGCGGAAAAUCAUCCGGCGGCUCAGAAGGAAGCGGAAAAUCAUCUGGCGGCUCAAAAGGAAGCGGAAAAUCAUCCGGGGGUGGAUCUGGUGGUGGUAAUGCAGGCGCAGGAGGAGGAGCAUCCGGUGGCAUGCGGGUGUCGUGCGGGUGCUGGUGCGGGUGCUGGUGCUGGUGCAGGAGGAGGCGGCGGAGUAAACGGUGCAGGUUCGGGAGGUGGUGGUGCUCAUGGUGGUGGUCAUGCCGGUGCUCAUGCUAGUGCUAGCGCUCAUGCGGGUUUGUCUUUCGGGGCCCAAGCUCAUGCUCAUGCUCAUGCUCACGCCAGCGCUGCAGCAUACAGCGCUGUGUAUAUUCUUCUUGGCGCUGAGCUUCGGAAUAAGCUUGGCAUCCCGGAGUAUUUUACAUUUCGGGCUUUUAUUUCCGGGUGGGGGUGGAGGUGGAGCGGGAGCCGGAGCAGGAGCUCAGCUGGAGUCGGUGCUGGUGUUGGAGUCGGAGUUGGAGCUGGAGUUGGAGCGGAGUUGGAGGAACAGGGGGAGCAGGAGCAGGAGGCGGUGCAGGUGCCGAUGGUAGAGCUUACGGUUCCGGUAGUGGUCAUGCACAUUUAG